GUUACCGAGCUCGGAAAGCUUGAUGCAAGACCCACCAAUGCCUCAGUUGACACCAGCUGUACUGUUAAUAAUAAUAGGGGGCUGCCUUCGCUAGUCUCACCUAAUCUCCUCGACUUGUACGUCCUCCCUCGCGUCAACCCCUCUUCUGAACAAACGAAUAUGGUUGGAAUCGCAGAAGGAAGAAAGACGGCCCUCGUCUUCGGCGCCAGUGGUAUCUCAGGAUGGGCCUUUGUGAACGAGAUCCUCCAGGACUAUCCUCGACCAGGCGUCUGGAAUAAGGUGCAUGCCCUGACGAACCGCUCCCUACCAAGGCACGUCUCACUAUGGCCGGACGACCCUCGUCUGAAUAUCGUUUCUGGAAUCGACUUGCUCUCCUGUAGCCACAAGGAGAUUGCGCGGAUGAUGGAAAGCAGGAUAGAUGGGAUUCAGAAGGUUACUCAUGUGUACUUUCUGGCAUACAAGGCAAGUGAAGACUUCGAAGAGGAAAUUGAAGAUGCAGUCGUAAUGCUCCAACGGGCGAUAAAAGCCGUGGACCAACUUUGCCCGGCUCUGGAGUUCGUUGUGCUGCAAACCAGCGCAAAGAUGUACGGAUGCCACCUCCUGGAAAACCGCCCUAGAUUGCCUCUUCCCCUUUCAGAGUCACUACCACGACUGGGGCAACCCUUUUAUGAUGCACUUUUCCACCACGAGCAGCUGGACUGGCUUAGCUCUUAUGCUGCAUUCAAAAGAUGGAACUGGUGCGAAACCCGUCCGGACAUCAUCGUUGGAUUCGUCCCGCACCAGAAUGCGUAUUCGCUCGCAACAAUUCUGGGGGUGUUCCUUACCAUGUACAAGGAAAUCGAAGGCGCAGGCGCCCAAUGUCCAUUCCCUGGAACCGUGAAGAGCUGGGACGCCAAGAGCAAUGACAGCUCCAGUGACAUGAUUGCGCGCCAGACGCUGCACUUGUCACUGACGCUGCCGCCAGACAGGAAGGGCGAGGCGUUCAACGUCGCCGACUCCAGAUCAUGCGAGACGUGGUCCUCCAAGUGGCCGCAGCUGUGCGCGUAUUUUGGCCUAAAAGGUACCCCGCCGGCGGAGGAAGGCCAGUCUAUCGAGGUCCGGGCGUAUAUUCAAAUGAACCUGGCCAAACGGAGAGAGAUGGAAAAGAAGUAUGGGCUUCGAAGCGGGAUCGUGGCCUCGGAAUUGACUAUGCGGGGGUUCGAAUACUUCCUCCUCACCGGAUUCGAUUUCGACAGACAGUACGACAUGUCGAAGAUGUAUGAGUCGACAGGCUUCUCUGAGGAGCGGGAGGUGAUGGAUGCUUGGGGCGUCGCCUUCGAUCGCAUGAGAGCUGCAAGGAUGAUCCCUUGAUUUUUGUUGGAACGAGAUAUCCGUUCAAACUCUUCCUAAACAAAGCUCCUCAAGGCGCAUACCAUACUCGGGUCUUUCGCUUGGAUGUGACUGCUGU